UGUGGUAAGGAAGUGACGCAAGGCGUAGCGGAAGUCCCUCCAGCCGCGGUGUUGUGCUGUCGGGUAGAGAGACGCAUUUGUAAACCCCGGAGCGAGGUUCUACCUACCCGAGGCCGCUGGUGCGCGGAGACCCCGGGGGAAACCACUGUCACCAUGUCUGACCAGGAAGCAAAACCUUCAACCGAGGACUUGGGGGAUAAGAAGGAAGGAGAGUAUAUUAAACUCAAAGUCAUUGGACAGGAUAGCAGUGAGAUUCACUUCAAAGUGAAAAUGACGACACAUCUCAAGAAACUCAAAAAAUCAUACUGUCAAAGACAGGGAGUUCCCAUGGAUUCACUCAGGUUUCUCUUUGAAGGUCAGAGAAUUGCUGAUAAUCACACUCCAAAAGAACUGGGAAUGGAGGAAGAAGAUGUGAUUGAAGUUUAUCAGGAACAAACAGGGGGUCAUUCAAAGGUUUAGAUAUUCUUUUUAUUUUUUUUUCUUUCCCCUUAAUCCUUUUUUAUUUUAAAAAUAGUUCUUUUGUAAUGUGGUGUUCAAAACAUAAUUGAAACUGGCACCCAAUCUCUUUAAAACAUCUGGUAAUUUGAAUUCUAGUGCCCAUUAUUCAUUAUUGUUUCUUUUCAUUGUGCUGAUUUUUGGUGAUCAAACCUCAGCCCCCUUCAUAUCACUCUCUCCUUUUUAAAAAUUACAUGUGUGCAUAGACAGCCCGCCUUUUCCAGGACUGUGCAUUUGCAGGCUUGAGAUAAAUAAGAUCAACUAAUGCAAGUGUUCCUAAUGACUUUCCAAUUGGCCCUGACGUUCUAGCAUGUGAUUUUUUCACUCCUGGACUAUGACUUUCAGUGGGAGAUGGAAGUUUUUCAGAAAACAGAACUGUGGAAAAAUGACCUUUCCUUAACUUGAAGCUACUUUUAAAAUCUGAGGGUCUGGACCAAAAGAAGAGGAAUAUCCAUUUGGAAUCGAAAUGACAGAGAAUAAUGACUAACUCCAAAGAUGGCUUCACUGAAGAGAAAGCAUUUUAAGAUGAAAGAAAAAUCUUGUCAGAUCCCAGAAAAGAUCUAAUUUUCAUUAGCAGUUAAAGUUAUUCAUGCAGAAGUGUAUACAACAGAACACUGCUCUUUUUGACUUUAUUUGUACUUUUUGGCCUGGGAUAUGGGUUUUAAAUGGACAGUGUCUGUACCAGCUUCAUUAAAAUAAA